AUGGAAUAUAAUAAUGACACAAUUAUGACAUACCCAACUACUACUAAUGCAUGGGAUAGGGGACAUGGGGCCCAUGAGCUAAGAGAGGAAAAGGGCCAGUUUGUAAGGCUACCGUGGACGUUCAAGCUAGGUUUGUUGCAGGCUACGGGCGCGUUUCUUGCUCAGAACCAGUUGUUAGUUGUAAUCAUAGACAAUAGAAACCAUGACUUUUACUUGAGAUCAUGUCCAAGGACGAGAGGUGCAGGUAAGGGUAAAGUUAGAGGGUGUAGUUUACGGGUGGCGUCUUGGAACGUAGGAACUCUUAGUAGUAAAUUGUUGGAAGUGAUAGACGCACUUAAAAGACGUAGGGUACAGAUAGCGUGCCUCCAGGAGACUAGGUGGAAAGGACAUAGAGCAGAAGAGCGAAAUGGGUAUAAAUUGUUGUAUUCCGGGUCGGAUGGGGCCAAGAAUGGAGUAGGAUUUUUGGUGUCUAUAGAAUUGCAUAAGAAUGUAAUCGAGGUGAUACGACACAAUGAUAGAAUUAUGGUGUUAAGGUUAGUAUUAGGUGAGCAAGUAGUGACAGUGGUAUGCGCCUAUGCACCGCAAGUGGAACUAGGAGAACAAGAAAAAAAAGAGUUCUGGGAUUGUCUAGAUGUAGUAGUAAGGGCCAUACCUAGGGAGGAGAAAAUUUUUAUAGGAGGAGAUUUUAACGGGCACAUUGGUAAGGAUAGUGAUGGCUUUGAGUUGGUACAUGGGGGUUUUGGUUUUAGCGAUAGGAAUGACCCUGGUAGAGACCUUCUAGACUUCGCCGCAGCCCACAGCUUAGGUAUUAUAAACUCGUUCUUUAGGAAGAGGGAAUCUCAUUUGAUCACUUUUAGUAGCGGAGGACGUAACACGCAAAUCGACUAUCUUCUGAUGAGGCAAGAAGAUCGACGGAUGUGGAGGGACUGCAAGGUUAUACCAAGGGAGACUGCAGCGGCUCAGCACCAUUUGCUGGUAGCAGAUAUAGCCAUAAAAGAAGGCUAA